UAUCGCCCAGGUUUGCUGCUGGGGUGGCCACAGAACUGGGAGUCGGUCACAAAGUUCACAGACAAGGUCACAUGGAGGAGAAGCCUGGUGCAGGGAACAAGCUAGGAGUAACUGGACCACGAUGAUGCCUGUGCUUUGGCUCUAGCAGACAGGAAGAAAAUCUGGCCCAGCUGGAAGUAGAAAGAGGGGAGUGACUCUCCUGAGGACCAUCUCAGAGACCCCUGGGAUCACCUGAACAGUCCUCCAUGUGAAUCAAUCCCAUGAUGCAACAUGCCUCCCCAGCCCCCGCUCUGACGAUGAUGGCCACGCAGAAUGUCCCGCCCCCACCCUACCAGGACAGCCCACAGAUGACGGCAACCACCCAGCCACCCUCCAAGGCCCAGGCUGUCCACAUCUCUGCCCCCUCAGCUGCUGCCAGCACACCUGUACCCAGUGCCCCCAUCGACCCCCAGGCCCAGCUGGAGGCUGACAAGCGAGCUGUGUACAGGCACCCUCUUUUCCCGCUCCUGACGCUGCUGUUUGAGAAAUGUGAACAGGCCACCCAGGGCUCUGAGUGCAUCACCUCCGCCAGCUUUGAUGUGGACAUCGAGAACUUUGUCCACCAGCAGGAGCAGGAGCACAAACCCUUCUUCAGCGAUGACCCAGAACUGGACAAUCUGAUGGUGAAGGCAAUCCAGGUCCUGAGAAUCCACCUGCUGGAGCUGGAGAAAGUCAAUGAACUCUGCAAGGACUUUUGUAACCGUUACAUCACCUGCCUCAAAACCAAGAUGCACAGCGAUAACCUGCUCAGGAAUGACCUAGGGGGGCCCUACUCCCCCAACCAGCCCUCCAUCAACCUUCACUCACAGGACCUCCUGCAGAAUUCCCCCAAUUCCAUGUCUGGAGUCUCCAAUAACCCCCAGGGAAUUGUGGUCCCAGCCUCAGCGCUCCAGCAGGGCAACAUCGCCAUGACAACCGUCAACUCACAAGUCGUGUCAGGUGGAGCCUUAUACCAACCGGUUACCAUGGUAACCUCCCAGGGUCAGGUGGUCACCCAAGCAAUCCCCCAGGGAGCCAUCCAGAUCCAGAACACACAGGUUAACCUUGACCUCACCUCCCUCCUGGACAAUGAGGAUAAGAAGUCCAAGAACAAACGAGGAGUCUUGCCCAAGCAUGCCACCAAUAUAAUGCGUUCUUGGCUCUUCCAGCAUCUCAUGCACCCCUACCCCACGGAGGACGAGAAGAGGCAGAUCGCAGCCCAGACCAACCUCACCCUCCUGCAAGUAAAUAACUGGUUCAUCAAUGCCCGGAGGCGCAUCCUGCAGCCCAUGCUUGAUGCCAGCAACCCAGACCCUGCUCCCAAAGCCAAGAAGAUCAAGUCUCAGCACCGACCCACCCAAAGAUUCUGGCCCAACUCCAUCGCUGCAGGGGUGCUGCAGCAGCAGGGCGGUGCCCCAGGGACAAACCCCGAUGGUUCCAUCAACUUGGACAACCUGCAGUCCCUGUCCUCAGACAAUGCCACCAUGGCCAUGCAGCAGGCUAUGAUGGCUGCACAUGAUGACUCAUUGGAUGGGACAGAAGAGGAGGAUGAGGAUGAGAUGGAAGAGGAGGAGGAGGAGGAGCUGGAGGAGGAGGUCGACGAGCUGCAGACGACGAAUGUCAGCGACCUGGGCUUGGAACACAGUGACUCCCUGGAGUAGUCGGGCAGCCCAGAUGGCACUGAUCAUCGAGCAGGAGAGGAGUGUCGCCGGGAGGCCUUCAGGGUGGGGGGGAAGGGGACGUGGGCAGGAAGCACCGAGGGAGUUGGGCCCUAGCUUCCCCAAAUCAGUAGCUUGAAGAAAGGCAGAGGAGACACCUGUUCCUUCCCAACCACCGAGCUUCAACGAGGACCCCAGUCCCACUUCCCCGGAACUGCCGAGGACUCUGUUUGGCGGGGCCAGUCGAGCAGCCUGUAUGGAAAGACAGCAGUGAGAUCUGGACUCACCAAAUCCCUGAGGACAGAUGGCACCCAUGGCCCCCACCCAUGGAAGGACUUGAGUCGUUUACAAGCCCUGCACUGUGAGGCAGAUUGGUGCUGUUCGCAGAGUGGGCCUUUGCUCCGGGGGCAGACUUAGAAGGAAGGGGAGAGACAAAGGGGGACUGAGUUUCAUCCCCAGAAGGUUCUCAGCUCCUUUGACAGACAUUCAAGGGCAGGAGGGAGCCCCAAAGCAUAACCAGUGGCCAGAGGAGUGGGAGGGCCUGAGGCAUCACAUCUUGCAGAUCAGAAUGGGAUAGAAUCCACCGGGCUCCAGCUCAUCCCUCCAAGGCCCUGUCUCUGUGCACAGCAACCAUGGACACGGGAGAGAGGGAUGGGAGGCACAGUCCCCUUCACUCUCUCCUGGAAACAAAUUGUAAGCUGGUGGGCUCAACCUGUGGGAGGUUAAGAGGAGUCCCUUCUGGGUUGACUCCAAGAGCCAAGGAGAUGGCAGACCCUGGGCUAGGAGCCAUAUCAAGGUGACUUUGAGGCCACAGCUGUCCCUAGGUGGUCACAGAACUCAGCUCCUGUAACAAUAGGACAAUGGUGUUUUACCCUAGAUGCUCCCACCCUCAGUGCUCCAAACCCUCCACAGACCUUCAGAGAAGGUGAAAACAGGUUAUCUGGGAAUCUUUCCACCCAGCGGGUCGCCACGGCCAUCCCUCUGCUCCCAGGCUGGCUCCAUCAGCCUCCAGCUUCCUUUCUUCAUUCUGUCCUUCAGGGAAGGCAGAAGAAACAUUGGAAGGCAUCUAGUCCAGUGGGAAGCCAGGGGUUGGAGAAGGUGCUACAUCCCCCUUCCCAUCAAUAUCCAAAAUGUGGGGGAGGGCCCAGAGAAUGGCACCCAAGAGCCUGCGGGGGUGCCCACCUCACACACCCUGCUGUUCUAACCCUGCUGUCCACAGCCCUGGAGGAACUGGGGCCCCUGGAAGGAGGAGGAGGCUCUCCACUGUCCACCCUAACACAUACCCUCCCACCCACCUUCCAGACCCCCUUGGUUGGCACCCUCUCCUCCUGUUCCCUCACCCCAUGGCUGUGAAUGACAGGACUGGUCACAUGUGUGUUUUCCAUUGGGUUUAAUUUAAUGGACGUGCAGUUUCAUUUGUAAAUUGUGCAUUAGCCAUCUCCUUCAGUGGCAGGAUGUGAGUGGCGACCUGGCUCAACUGGAGGGGACCCGCGGGGCUUCACCUCUGGGGCUUCCCCUCCCCCACCUGCUUGGGGUAGAGCAAAAGGAUGGUCACUCUUCCGAGGUCUCCCUGAAAUGAAUGUAUUUCUCCCCCAAAAGAGCUGAUAUUUAAUGUUUUAAUAGGGAUUUUUGAGAAACAAAUAACCUUAUUUAUAAUCUGGGUGAUCCAAUCAUUUUUUACUCCCUUUUGAUGCCAUACAUAGAGGAAAGUCUAGCUUUUUUGGCGUGAGACUUUUGCAAUGUGCAGUGGGAUAAAAUGCAUCUCCUUUUCUGGUUCGUUUCUCUUGUUCACACACACACACCCCCCAUUCCACUCACCACCUGGACAGGUGUCCCCCAGCACGGGCACACUGGCACACAGGUGCCCACAUCUCUUCCUCCCAGCCCCUCCACCUGCCUAAUGUUAUGCAACCUCCUUCUGAUGUAUCCACCAAACCAGUACUGAAUGUGGCCGAGACGUUUUCAGUAAAUCUUAUUACCUACCGUAA